AUCUUUUUUGUGGUUACAGCAAAUAAAAUUUUGGCCUCUUGUGAAUGUAAAAAUAUAGUAAAUAUCUAAUUUUUCAUUUCUAUAAUGGUCUUUUACGUAUUAACAUAAACCGAACUCUACUUUCAAAAUAUUAUUAUAACCAAAGUAUUUUUAAAAUGUUGAGAAAAAUUUUUAAAACAAAUUUCGUGAACGUUUUAAGAAAUGUUUCGUCAGCGGUUGAUGGCAGUAUUAUUCAAGCUACUAGUUUAGUGGAUUUGACAGAAAAUAAACAAAAUGCUUUAACAGAAGUAGAACAUUCAAUACAAAAAGUACCUAGGACUGAUCUAUCAGAAAUAUCGAAAGUAUUAAGACCUGGUGCCGUGUCUUCUAUGUACGUGAACAAAUCGGAUGUCCUUCAGCAACUUGUAAAACUAGGAGUAAAUCUUUACCAAAUAGAAAAAGACCCAGAAGCAAUGAAGUUUAUUUUAACUCUCAAAUUUGAAGAUAUCAAAGAUACUAUUAUAUAUCUUAAAGAAUUAGGCCUAGAAACUGAACAAAUAGGCUAUGCAAUAACGAAAAAUCCAUUAUUACUACAAGAAAAUUUGGAAGAUCUUAAAGUUAGGGUAAAUUAUUUGCAAUACAAGAAAUUUACACCCGAAAUGAUUACUAGGAUUGUUGAAAAUAAUCCGUUUUGGUUAACAUAUAGUACACAAGACAUCGAUAAUAAAUUGGGGUUUUUUCAACAUCACUUUUCACUAACAGGAAAAGAAGUUAGGCUUUUAACAACUAAAUGCCCUAGACUUAUAACAUACCCUAUUAAAAGUGUUAAACUAAACACUUUUGUAGUCAAGGAAGAAAUGGGAUUUUCAUCUGAAGAGAUUAAACAAAUUCUCUUGGAUAGGCCACAAAUAUUUAAAACUAGUCAACACAAGCUUCUCAAGACAUUUGAAUACCUCCACAAUGAAAUGAAAAUACCACUGGAAACAAUAGCUGAGAUGCCACAGAUACUUAAUUGUAGAGUAAAAAGGUUAAAAGAGAGACAUCAGUUUUUGGUUAAGUUAGGAAGUGAUCAAUAUGAUUGUAAGAAACCGAAUUAUGUAUCAUUAUUGGCUUUAAUUUCCAACAAUGAUACUCAUUUUAGCACAGAAGUAGCCAAAUCGUCAGUUCAGUUAUAUAACGAAUUUUUAAAGACUUUAUAGACAUUUAAUAUAAAUGUUUUUAUCUAAGAUUUUUUUUUUUUUAAUAAAACAAGUUGUAUAAAAAAGUGUAUAUUUCAGUACUAAAAUUUGUAAAUUUACACAAUACGUAUGUCAAUACUAAAAAAUCAGUACU